AAAUACUAUUUUUAGACGUCCCCGUAGUCGACAUUGGACAAGUGUAGAAAGCAGAACCUAGUAUCCUUUGAUGUAAUACUCCCUGGCUUUUGAUUGGUGGAGUUUGUUGCCAAUUGGACCAAUGUUACGUGUAACUACACCUGCAUCAUCUCUCUUAGGGUUUCAUUUGGGCGACACUGGAUCUAAGGGCAUAUUCUACACACAUAUUCUUUCCCCUACCCAACUUGGUUCCCAUUUUCAGUUGGUUCAUUUAUAAGCCAGCAGACACACCAAUCCAAUUCCAUAAAAACGAAUAAUCUUUGAUCUACCCAAGUCAGGACAAUCAUCAAUCAUGGCAACCUCUGACAUUUUGCAGACAGAACAAGAUCUUCUCAUGAUGUCUUCCCUUUUUGAUGAUCCCAAAGGACAAAAUAUGAAGUCCCGAGGGAUAACCAUCGAGAAAAAGAUCGAGUUUCUUGAAAGCUUGGCUGGAAAAGUCAGCAACAGAAGAUCUCGCAGAUGGUUGAAUGAUCGUCUUCUAAUGGAACUUGUUCCUCGUUUAAAUGCAGAAGAAAUUAGGGGCUUGUUUGCUCCACCACCUUUUGGUGAUGAUGUGCCACUCUCAGUAUUUUGCAUGACAAAUGUGGGGGAGUGGGACAAAUUCAGGAAUAUAGACAUGGAUAAAGAGGCUAGCAUAAUGGAAGCUCUUGAAGGCAAAACAUCAAAUCAAAGGAGUUGCGUGGAUAAUGAUAAGGUUGCCGUGUUGACUGCAUGGCAUAGAGUGGAUUGUCGAACAAGAGAGGCACUUCGGCGCAACUUUCUCCCUGAAUUGGUCAACAACUAUGAGCAAUGUGUACGAGCAUUUGUGAAGGAGAGUGAUGGAGAUGUGCUGGUGCUACGUGUUCAAGACCCCUUCCAGCGGUUAUUGCUGCAUGGUGUUUGUGAGUUCUACAACCUUGUAUCCGUAACAACCUCCGAAACAGAAGGUAGCAAGGCUGUGAAAGUGACUAGGAUAAAGAAGAAGAAAGCAGGUUCAGCUGAUCUUCCAAACAUUACACUCUGCAACUUUCUGAAGAUGGCAAAAGAAGGGCUUUGGUGAUUCAUUGUAUCAUCGCUAUGUUGUGCAUUAUCUUAAUUUACUCGUUAGCAUUCAUAUAUGGUUGUUCCCCUAAGCUAUCCCGACGUCUGUAAUAAUAAAUUAAUGACUGAAUUGUGGGUGCUUCAUGUUUAGAAAUGUCUUAUUUCUAGGGGUACCUGAUAGACAAGGGAUGGUCGUAAGGGUGAAUUUGAAUUUCCUUUGUAUAUAUUUCAGAAAUAAACAUGCCUUGUGAUUCA